AUGGGUAAAAACUUGGCAGUUGAUUCAUUGACUAUGUUGGGUGAUCUCCCUCCUGAUGAUUCCCUCAGUAGUCCUGAAAUCGUACAGCCAGGUUUGGUAAAAGAUCCACCAUCAGGAGUGUCUCUGUCAGUUAACAUCGCUGCAACAAAUUUACCCUGCGCAUCCUUCAGCACUGCUGCUGCUUGUACAUCCACAGUCACCUUAGCAGCUUCCCACAUAGUAUCAGGGGAGAUGGCAAUGACUUCCGUCAGUGCAAUGUCACCAUCGUGCCAACAUCAGAGAGCCACAAAAUAUAGUGCUUGUUGCUCCCAGCGCUGUCGAUGCAGCUCCGCCAGACUGGGCUCUCACCGGCCUUGCCCCGCCCACUCGUACUUCCAGCAGUAUCACACUGAGCAAGUCCAGGGGCAGACAUACCAAGCACAGCAUUCUCAGCCCCACCAUCUUCAUUCCCACAACCAAUUCCUCAGUCAGAGCCAUCAAUCAUGGACCCACCAACCUCACCCACACUUCCCACCACCAGAAUUCCAGCAUGUUCAACCAACCAGGCCACAGUCUGUGCUCAGCGAUACUAACUUAAGAGGAGGGGAGUCUUCAGCCAGCCAGGGGAAUCAGGCUUCUUCAUGUGAUCUCACUAACCUAGUUGAAGACGUUGAUGGGGUUGAAGGUGCCCAGAAGAGCAGUGCCCAGGCACCAUCUUGGCAUGCCCAUAAUUCUGAGGAGAUGGAAGUGAAUGGAAACCAUUCUGGUACAGCCCAGCCCAGGGCCUUGCAGACACCGACUGUUUUAUCACCGACCAUCUGGCACACUCCCCCAAAUGAGGAUUCUGCUUUCUCAAGGGCUUUAGCUCGUCCCACACCCACUACUCAGGCAGCAAGCCUGUCCUGUCAACCUCCCACUUCAACCAGUUAUCCCAUUGCACGGCCAGUGCCAUCUUACCAUGCUCGUAUGCAACCUGGAAUCUCAACAACAUACAGACCGACUUCUUCUCAACAGCUUCCAUCUGUGCCAACUUCUCAGCAGCCAGUGCCACCUCUACACAUGGUACCAUUUCAGCAGCCACCCCUAGCAGCUCCUCCUCUGCUAAUGAACCCUCCAUUAGUGCCAGCCAAUACCCCACAACAACAGCAGCAACAGUGCUCUGUGUAUCAGCAGCAACAACAGUGCUCCGUGUAUCAGCAGCAACAACAGCAAUGCUCUGUGUAUCAGCAGCAACAACAGUGUUCAGUCUAUCAGCAACAGCAACAAUGCUCUGUGUACCAGUAUCAGCAACAGCAACAGUGCUCUGUGUAUCAGCAACAGCAACAAUGCUCAGUCUAUCAACAGCAACAACAGUGUUCGGUGUACCAGCAAAGGGGCCCUGAGAUCCAAAGAAACCACUGGAUGGAAACAGUCCGGUAA